GAAGGACCUCCCCUAAAUGGGUCUCUCAGAUGCUCUCUAGAAAUGGUUUCAGCUCAAAUCCUCAGAUAGGCAUUCACUCAGUGCUCUGUCUUUUCAUGGCGGUCUGUUUGUUCAUUCUUCUCUUGUUAUAUGUUUUUGUUGUUCCAUUUGCUCAGUUUUUGUGAAAUUUGCUUGACUAAUUAGUUUCAUUAAUUAUUUGAUUGGUUGCUUAGAAGCAUAGGUCUACUUUCUCAUGCAUCAUCAACUGUGUUUGUUAUCUGUUGCUGUAUUCAUCAAUCAGAUUUAGCUAUAGAUGAGACCAGUUCUAGAAUAACAUAAUGAAUUGUUGCUGGUUUGGGUCAAUCUUGGAACUGUCUGAUGUUUCUGCCAAAUAUAUUUUUGUGGGUAAUUCGGUAUUGUUGUGCUUCUGCAGCAGUUCAUGGUUGUAUACUAGAAUUACUGAACAAGAAACUUGAAAACCAGAAAUGGAUAUCACGAAGAGGCACUGUGUUAAGCUCCUUCACAACUAAAGUUGCUUCUUUGGAAGCUGGUGCUGCUGCAGUUUCAAAUGGGAUAGCUGAGAGUGAUGUGCUGAAAUCAUUGUCUCAAAUCAUUGAUCCAGACUUCGGGACAGACAUCGUCUCGUGUGGAUUUGUGAAAGACUACAAAUCAAUGAGGCUUUGGGAGAGGUCAUUUAGAGCAUGAAUGUGAAGAUUUUCAAUGACAGACAUUAAAAAAGAUGUCCUGACCAGGUAUAUUGAUUUUUCAUCUCAGGUUUCAUUUCGGUUAGAGCUCACUACUCCAGUACGUCCAGUAAAGGACAUGGUAAUUGACACAAUCACCAUUGUUAUAUCAAGAACUUGCAUAUACUUGAUAAUUUGAUAUGGUAGACUUUUGAUUUA